AUGAUUAUCUGCUUCAGCCCUCGGCCCUUCAUGUCUUGCAUGUCUUGCCCGCCCUCCCUCAUGUCCUGUCCUACGCCAGGUUGAAACGCUGCACCGAAACUUGACACUCCCUCCACCAAGUCUACCUGUCACCACCAUACACACUACGCACACCACGCAUACACUGCACCAAUCUCGCCCACAAUGGGUCGCCCAGUCUUUACAUCCCACGACAACCUCCACCUGCUCCGGAGCUCGGCCUUUGAAUCCGAACAUGCCUGGUUAUACGACACUUCCUACAUGCAGCACGGAGCCGCUGCCUUGGAGCUGGAACACGAAAUAGAGCAGGCCUACGCGAGCAUCUCGCCAGACGACAUCUCAGACGAACAAGUGCGAAUCAUCAAGACCCAGAUCACCAUCCACCGAGAGCGCCAAAGAGCCCUGCGCCCCCACCUGGAAAGUGGCAGCGACCAGAUUGACGAGGAGGGCAACGAAUGCGUCUUUGUCCCCGCUCCAAACCAAUGGGGAGCCAAUGGCGACUUGGACGAGGAGAGCGAGACUCUCUCAGCAAUCCACAACCUCCUCACAUGGCAGACUUCCUACUCACCAAUCUCACAUACACUGCACGAUGAACUCCCCUCAACAGAUAUCCCCUACCAUGCUCUUCUUGACCCAUCUCUCCCCACAACCACAUUCCACCUGCACCGCACACGGGAAUGGACUGGCUCAUCAGGCUUCCGAAAGUACAUCUACAGUGCGCGCGAUCACUCGGACAAGUACAUGCUAUAUAUGCUCGAGGCCACACAUCGCGACGACAGCCAAGUAAACGCCGCAGACUUCUUCCGCGUGGCAGAGUUCCCCCAGCCAUGCAUAUCCGUCCUCCUUUCCGGUAUCGACAAGAAGCGCAUGACGACCGAUUCCUCCAAAGACGCUGCUUACAAGUCACGAUGCAUCCACCUCCGUGGCCCGUUUUCACAACCAGUCAAAGAGUACCCCGACAGGCAGCAAAAGAUCCCGUGGUCCCCGCGACGAUUUACCUAUGGUGGCCGACGCUUUGUUUGGAAGCAGGGGGAUCCCAACGACGACGCUAUGCCAGAGACAUUGUACGAGUACCAGAAGGAUUGGGCAAAGCCAGGCAGCAGGACGGGUAAGCGGUGCGACGACGCAAAGCCUAUCAAGCUGGUGUGGGGAGAGAAGCGGAGAAAGGGAAAAGUCGAUAGCUACACUAUCCACUUCCGGGGAGGCAUGGACCAGGUCUUUAGAGAGAUCCUGCUAGCUAGCCAGAUGGCCCGCCAAGUGUGUCUGUUCACGGCCAUGGGCUGAGUUGAUCUCAGCGCUGGGACCGACUGAGCUGAACUUGUUGAAUGAUGACGCUGGAUUGUCUUAGCGAUAGGCGUUUGUACGGGAACCGUGAGGCACGGCAUAGAUACCAUUUACUCGGCGUUUUCGAAUUUUGCAUGGAACCUUGAUUCCCACUACAAUCAAAUGUAUUCUAUCCUC